CCUUCCCAAAAGCGGCGGUUCACCUUGAGAGACAACAUCAUUUCAAGUGGAAUGGUUAGAAUGCUGCUGCAAUGAAGUCACAGAAGAUGGCGAGCCUUGCUAAACAGCCGGUCAACUGCAUUCGAGGUGGGCGGAAUGAACUGGACGCCACUAUACACUCGUUCCGCCACGUGCUGUUUCUUGAGCGCACGCAGAGCGGGAUCAGCAAAGCCAUCACGGUGCUGUUGUCUUCAUCACGGUUGUUUGGACGACCCACCACUGGCUUCACAAACGGAGCCAAAAAAAUUUGCUCCAUUGCAGUAAGCUCCGUACCCUUCCCAAGCAGGGCCUUCACGCAAGCGUUCUCAAACACUGCGAUUGUUUUUCUUUUUCCUAGUUGCCGCCGCCGCAUACGACGCGUCCGGCGCCAAGGACACUGCGGCAGAAUGAUGCCGCUUGAUGACAGCGUCAAAAAUGUCGCGAAACAUCAAGCAGCGUGACCCAGCGUGUCGCUUGGCGCAACACAGGUCUCAAAGAAGUGCUUUUUCUAAAAACAAAAAAAAAUAGAGAUUCAAAACAUUUCCAAUAAAAAUAAAACGAGCCAUUCAAAACACAA